AUGAAUUCACCCAGAAACAAGUCGAAGCGCUUUAAGCCCAUGGAAGCUCCGAUCAAAACUAAAGUCAUGAAAACGGCAUUGAAGUCCCGGAAAACUCUAUAUAAGGAUGCAAAACAGUCGUCUUCCAAUAAAGAUCCAUCCGAUUGCCAUGUCCUGUCUAACAAAGCAGUCAUGAAAAGUGGGGGCAGGCAGGAAAAGUCCUUGCCCAUUGUGGCUCCAACAAAGUUGAGACAAAAAGAUGUGCUGAGCAUCUACGAAAACGUGGCCAAACUGGGCGACAUAGAGCGAUACUUGAACAUUAUAUACAAACCCUUCUACUGCUUGGGCAUCACCACUUGCCAGUUCAAUCUCUUGGAACUGGACCACGUUUUGGAAAAUACCACAUUCGAACCCGAAAAGCAAAUGGCUGUGAUCGUCCAGCGCUAUUCGCCGAUUUGCACUCUGAAGAUCUAUCCCCAUGGCAACAUUUAUUGCCAGGCCUUUGGCAACAGCAGCGCCCAAGAAGGAAUGACCAAUAUAAUGCGAGAGCUGAGGUACCUGGGCUACAGGGCUCGUUUGCGACGGCUGAAGGUCAAUGCGGUCAAUGCCACCUUCAGUGUGCCCUUCAAUCUGAGUCUGAGGCAGUUCCACCUGCAAAAUCCAGUACUUACGCGAUACGACACCUCGAUGCAUCCGUUCCUGAUGUACAAGAUGAUGGGCACAACGGUCGAGUUAGCCAUCUUUCCCACGGGCUUUGUAAUCGUGCUUUUUGCCGCCACUAGAGGAAUCACCCAGUUGGCCAUAGCCCACGUUCUGCCCAUACUGUACCGCUUGAAGGCUCCCAAUCAGGAUCAAAGCAAACUGUGCCUAAGCAGCGGCGAUAUCGACUACAAACUGCUAUGGGAGAAUCAUUUCCAGAAGAAUGGCGACAUGACCAACGAUUGGUAA